AUGCGCGAUGGAGAGGCUGGACGCAGCAAUCUCAAUCUCAGCGAGGUUGAUGACAGCUUGGGCAAAGCACUGGGCCACAGCAACGAGCUGGAGAAGCGGGCGCAGCACCUUCAGGUGCACUUUCAAAAAGCUAUGAAAGGAAUCGGAGAUAUCAACAGGUUAUGCGAUGAGGCAGAUGCCUCGGUCGCCCGCAACCAGGCCUUGCUGAAUCGCUCCGCACAUCGAAUUCACGACUUGAACGAGCGGCUGCAGCAACUCAUCAAGGUCAGCACGGAUGGCCGUGAGUCCGUUGCUUCGGCAGGGUCCGGUGUUGAGGUGCCACAGAAACGUGGAGCCGAAACACGCAUGAAGACAAGCAAAAGCAAGCCAAGCGCCGGAGUGAGAAGGCCGUCAUUCAGCAGGAGCAGUGCAGGCUAG